CAACUGCACUGCUGCCAUUUAAGAUGAAAAGCAUGAUAUUAUUAUUGCAUCAUAAAUAUAAUUAGCGGAGCACGACUUCGAACAACCCAUUGAAUGGGUCAGUCACAAGGCCUUCGUAUUAUAUUAGCAAUGAAUUGGUCUCUUAAACCACCACAGAUUAAAAAAAAAUGCACAAAUGGGAUGGCAUUGAAGAGAAAAAGAAGCAGUUCCCAAUGAGCCUGAAAUCUGGAGGUUAGACAUACCGCAGAGCCACAAUAAUCAGGCCAACAUAUGCCGCAGUCUGAUCCUCGGUUCUUUACCUCCAGUAGCAGGAAGCAUGACUUCAGGGGAAGCCCCGGGCUUACAUCACAGUCCGAUAUAUCACAGUCAUCAAAUUAUAACAAGCGAUCACUCAGCACUUCUGGCAAAAAGUUCCCCAGCACAAAGGCUUUCCAAAACUCAGUCCGAGGAGCUGCACGGACGUUCAUCAUGUGGUUGGUUCCAGCAUGCGGGAAAUCUGGCGAGGAGGCUGCCUUACAUGACCUGAAUAUUCCAGAGAAUGAUGUUUCCAGUACUUCAAUCUCAAGGAUAUCUGGAUCACGCAGCAGCCCAGCCAAUUUUCACUAUAGUGGUCCCUAUGGAACAAAAACUUCAUACAGUACCAGCGAUCUGUCACAAGAAACAACAACAUUCUCAAUUGCUGAGAUUUACAAGGCCACCGGAAACUUUUCUGCAGACAACAUAAUUGGGCAGGGAGGUACUGGCCAAGUUUACAAGGGAAAGCUCAGGGAUGGGACUCUAAUAGCUGUAAAACGAGCCAAAAGGAACAUGUCUGACAAGCGCCUAUCCAAGGAGUUCAAAAAUGAAAUGCAGACUUUGUCUAAGGUGGAGCAUUUAAACUUGGUGAGGUUUCUUGGAUUCCUGGAGCAAGGUGAUGAACGAUUAAUAGUGGUUGAGUAUGUUGGCAAUGGGACUCUAAGAGAACAUUUGGAUGGCUCCAGAGGGAAUGGGCUGGAGAUUGCACAGCGGCUGGAGAUCGCCAUUGACGUAUGUCAUGCAAUCACUUAUCUGCACGCAUACUCAGAUCAUCCCAUCAUCCAUAGGGACAUCAAGGCGAGCAACAUCCUACUUACCGAGACGCUCAGGGCCAAGGUGGCUGACUUCGGAUUCGCGCGGCUGGGCCCCGAGGACCCGGACGCCACGCACAUCUCCACGCAGAUCAAGGGCACAGCAGGGUACGUAGAUCCGGAGUAUCUCCGAACCUACCAGCUCACCGAGAAGAGCGACGUUUACUCGUUCGGCGUCCUCCUUGUUGAGCUGGUCACCGGCAGGCAUCCCAUCGAACGCCACCGUGAUCUCAAGGACCGCUUCACCACCCGAUGGGCGUUGCAGAAAUUCAAACAAGGGGAUACAGUACUGGCGAUGGAUCCAAGGAUGAGGAGGAACCCGGCGGCGAUAAUGGCGGUGGAGAAGAUGAUGGCACUGGGUAGGGAGUGCCUAGCGCCGACGAGGAAAGCUCGACCAUCGAUGAAGCAAUGCGGUGAGAUUUUGUGGAGGAUUCGAAAGGACUAUCGCGAGAUGCAAAUGAAAGCGUCUCCCUCUCCCUCUCCCUCUGCCACUGCCUCUGCCUCUGCCUCUGCCUCUCACUGGGCCACUCCUCAACAAUCAACUCAUCCUCCUCAAAGCCCAUUAAUAAGUUCAAUCAAUAAAAAAAAUCAAACAAUAAACCUCUCGUAGUUGUAGGCCUCCUCAUAUUAUUCUGAUUUCGGCCCAUUUAUUAUUGUUACUAUUAUUAAUUAUCUAAAAGGACACCUUUUUUUUUUUUUAAUAAAUAAUUGGGUUUAUAUUAAUGUGACGUGUGAGUUCUUGAC